UAGCAAAGAUUUUUGAAAAGUUUACUUUUGAGCAGUUGUAUGAGUAUCUGAACAACAACAAUUUAAUAUCUGCGUCUCAAUCUGGAUUUCGAUCAUUGCACAGUACACUAACUGCCCUAAUAGAAGCCACGGAUAAUUGGUCAAUAAAUAUAGAUAAAGGCCUUCUUAACGGAGUAAUUUUUAUCGAUCUUAAAAAAGCAUUUGAUACUAUUGAUCACACCAUUCUUUUACGGAAGUUACGAAUUUUUGGCGUUGAUGAAAAUAGUAUCAAAUUCUUCGAAUCAUACCUAAGCAACCGCAAUCAAAGAUGUUGCGUCAAUG